UUUCCACAGUUCUUGUUCAGUGGGUGUGCUAUACAGAGGUGUUUUGAUUUGCUUCGUUGUUGGAAAUGGAUGUACACCUUGUGCUUGGACUUCUCCUAAUGGCAAACUUUGGCCAGACAUCCAGUGGGCAAACUAUUCCUACAGCUGCCACAAACAUUGCUACCACUCCAGACCCAUUUUGCGGAUUCAAACCUGAUUUUGAACUGUGUGAAAAAGCUCAAGCUUUUAACUGUUCUAAUGGUGACUGUUACUGUAGAAAUAAAAAGCCCUAUUGCAGGAAAAGAAGUCAGAAGAGACAGGAAGCCCAUACCACAAGCAGGAACACUCCUCAAGAUAAUGUGUACCACAACUCUAUAUUCACACCUGAGCCAGAGUCAGAUGUAUACAAUAAACACAUAGAUUACCCACCGCAGAGAAUGAACAUCCAGCGUCCACAGCCAUUGGAUAACUACCAAGUCCCCCAAGCCCAGCAAAUGCAGGACAACAGGCCCUAUCGACUCCCACGGACCACCCCUCCCAGCAAGCCCCACAGCUUCCUGGCAUCUCAGUCCAGCCAGCCUCCUGGUGUGGGCCGCUCCAGCAGCAAGCAGUACUCAAGCCGCCCGCCCCAGCCGGUUCCCAGAGGCAACCCCUACCAGGCUGAUUCUGAGGACUCAGGGGACAAUGAUUACAUCCAGCCACUGCCUUCCAUUGUCAUGAGGCCAAUACCGAAAGGUGCAGUGCCAAUAUUCCCCAAAUUGGAAUCCGGAAUGGCUAGCCUCCCACCAGCAGACUACAGGUCCCAGCAGUGGCUACCGAGGGCGCAAACAGCAGCAAGACCCUCAUACCAGUAAAAAAGAGAACGAUUCAUUUCUAUCUGUAACAUGAGUGCAUCAACCUUGGCAAUCAAACUUCAAUAAUAAGUGACGUAUAACAAAUGAUUAAUGAAAUACUCUGGCUGAUGCGGAGAAGAAUGAGGUCUGAUUUCCUUGACACGCGGAUGUUGAGAUGAGCUAGGAUUACAGAACGCUGUUAUGGCAUUCCCCAAAGAGCCAUCUUCAAUUCUUGGCAACAACUCUGCCAACCUACUCGGCAUACAACGAGAGGGAAUCUAGGGAGGGAGGAGGGGCAAGAAAACAACCAAAUACAUUGCUUCUAUUAUGUUUAUUUGACAGUCUAUUCUAUAAUCUCAUUACUGUUUCCCACUGUUACAAACAGUAUACAUCAUGUUUUACUAAAUAUUGUAAUAUUGACAGCUAUGUACAGUAAGAUUUAAUUUACUGUCAUGUUAUUUUGUUUAACGUCAUCUUCUGCUCAAAGUUCUGUUUACAAUAAAGCAAUAAAGUUUCAAAUGGCACAAUAUAUUACAGUCCUUAAAGAUUAAAUUAGGUCUAUCCAAAGAUACCAAUCUCUAGAAAAAGCAGGCGUCAGCAUUUUAACUCUCAAACACAAGAAUGGAACAGUCAGGCCUAUUUUAGUGGCUUGUUGCAGUAAUAGGGUUUAAGCUUCCCAUUGCCUUAUUUCAUCUGUAGGGGUCAGUAUUAUAAAUAACUCAAUACAGCAAUCUAUGUGCAACAGAUUCAUUAAGCAAAUGUAACUGUCAGGGGCUGGGCACAGCCUAUCACGCUUCCUUACCAGGAAUUUCAACGGCAGAAUGUGUUG